AUGUUCUUUUUGAAAGACUUGUCAUUAAAUCUAACAUUACAUCCAUCCUACUUCGGUCCUCAGAUGGACCAAUAUUUAAGAGAUAAACUUUUGACUGAUGUCGAAGGAACCUGCACAGGUCAAUUUGGGUACAUUGUAUGUGUCUUGGAUUGCAUGAAUAUAGAUGUUGGAAAAGGAAGAAUAAUUCCAAGUACCGGAAUGGCAGAAUUUGAAGUAAAAUAUAGAGCUGUGGUGUGGAAACCAUUCAAAGGAGAAGUUGUAGAUGCUAUUGUUACAACUGUAAAUAAAAUGGGAUUCUUUGCUGACGUAGGACCACUAUCUGUUUUCGUUAGUACACAUUUAAUUCCAUCGGAUAUGAAAUUUAAUCCUUCAGCCAACCCUCCAGCUUAUGUUAGUCCAGAUGAAAACAUCGAAAAAGGAUCUAGAGUGAGAUUGAAGAUUGUUGGUACAAGGACAGACGUGAACGAAAUUUACGCUAUAGGAAGUAUAAAAGAAGAUUACUUGGGACCAAGUCCAAUGUGA